AUGCGUUCCUCACUUCUUUUCCAAGCCCUUGCAGUCGCGAGCAGCAUCGCCGGCUCUCGUGCCGCACCAUCUCCCGGCUGCUCAAGUGAUGGGGACUUUGUUCCGGGCUCGACCGUUAAUGUGACAGUCGGCAAAGAUCGAUACUACCUGCUAUACAUCCCCGUCAACUACGACCCCGAGGAGCCGGCACCGCUUAUUUUGUCAUUCCAUGGUGGUUCACGCAUAGCAGAGGAACAGCUGCGUCUCGACAAUCUGACGUCGACAACCUUUAACAAGGACUACAUCGUGGCGUAUCCCAAUGGCGUUGAUAAAACAUGGUACGGCGUACCCAACGUGACGACCAAUGACAAGGGCUUCACGACGACCAUCAUCGACGAAAUCUCCGCGUCCUACUGCGUCGACACCUCGCGCAUCUUUGCGACCGGCAAGUCGCAGGGCGGCGGCUUCGUCGGCCAGCUGGCGUGCGACAGGACCUUGUCCCAGCGCAUCGCGGCCUUCGCGCCCGUCUCGGCCGCCUUCUACGUCAGCGCGCCGCACUUCGGCGACACCUGCCACGCCGCGACAGUCAACAUCACGCCGUGCGACCCCGGGCGGCCCGUGCCCAUCAUCGACUUCCACGGCGGCGCGGACGGCACGAUCCGCUACACGGGCGGCGCGCGCAAGGGCGGCUGCCUGCCCACGAUCCCGCACUGGGUGCGCACGUGGGCCGGCUACGACGGGCUGAGCAAGAAGAACGUGUCGCGGCCGCUGACGGACGAGGGCGCGGUGCUGUACGAGUGGGGGGCGGCGGAGGGCAAAAGGGGGUUCGUCACGCAUGUCUUCUCCGGGCCGGACGUUGACCACUCGUGGCCGUCGAUCUUCGACAACCCGGACAAUAUCCUGCAUGAGGAUGGCCCGGCGUCGUUCAAUGCGACGACGAUGAUUUUGGAGUUCUUUGAGAAAUACCCGCUGCCAUAG